GACCUUGUCCAAUAGAAGACUGCUGUUUACAACUGCUCAAGUUUUGCCAUACAAGAUGAAGCAAGAUGUCACAAGAAAUGCUGCCUAUACUGUGGACUGUGAAGAUUGUGUGCAUGUGGUAGAAUUUAAUCCCUUUGAGAGUGGGGAUUCAGGAAACCUAAUUGCCUAUGGUGGCAAUAACUAUGUGGUCAUUGGCACGUGUGCAUUUCAGGAGGAAGAAGCAGACGUUGAAGGAAUUCAGUAUAAAACACUACGAACAUUUCACCAUGGAGUCAGGGUUGAUGGCAUAGCUUGGAGCCCAGAGACUAGACUUGAUACCUUGCCUCCAGUAAUCAAAUUUUGUACUUCAGCUGCUGACAUGAAAAUCAGAUUAUUUACUUCAGAUCUUCAGGAUAAAAACGAAUAUAAGGUUUUAGAGGGCCAUUCAGACUUUAUUAAUGGUUUGGUGUUUGAUCCCAAACAAGGCCAAGAAAUUGCAAGUGUGAGUGACGAUCAUACCUGCAGGAUUUGGGACUUGGAAGGAGUUCAGACAGCUCAUUUUGCUCUUCGUUCCCCUGGAAUGAGUGUGUGCUGGCAUCCUGAAGAGACUUGCAAGCUGAUGGUUGCAGAGAAGAAUGGAACAAUCCGAUUCUAUGAUCUUCUUGCCCAACAGGCUAUUUUAUCUCUUGAAUCGGAACAGAUGCCACUAAUGUCAGCACACUGGUGCUUAAAGAACACCUUCAAAGUUGGAGCUGUUGCAGGAAAUGAUUGGUUAAUCUGGGAUAUUACACAGUCCAGUUAUCCUCAAGAGAAGAGACCUGUCCACUUAGAUCGAGCCUACUUAUUCAGGUGGUGCACAAUUAAUGAGAACUUGUUUGCAACCACUGGCUAUCCUGGCAAAAUGACAACCCAGUUACAAAUUCAUCAUUUAGGCCACCCUCAGCCCGUCCUCAUUGGCUCUGUAGCCAUUGGAUCUGGUCUUUCCUGGCAUAGAACUCUCCCACUGUGUGCAAUUGGAGGAGACCACAAGCUGCUGUUUUGGGUGACUGAAAUGUAAAAUAAAUUUUCUCUGUACUUCUUAUCCAGAAAGUUUGUAUUUUUAGUAGAUUUUGGAGAAUUCCUUAUUUUUAUAUUAAAUGUACAAUAGGCUUUAGAAAUGUCUCACUUGUUGCUUUUGUUAAAUAAAAUCUUGAUUGUUUGAAAAAUUA